UUCAUUUUAUAAAUAUUAUAGAUCCUCUCCAAAACCCAAAUCUCAAAAAUAUUCAUUGUCCAUACUCAGCUGUCAGCUUACCUAAUUCCACCCCUUCCAUCAUACGAGAGAGAGUAGGGACAAACAAACGCCACAACCACCAGCAUCAGCCGCAACCGCCGCCGCAGGAAGGACAAUAAGUACUAUGCGAUAAUGGACAGUCAGGAUCUUUCCCCACCAUCACACAUGGAUGCAUCUCGACCCUCCCUCGGUUUCCCUCUCGGCACUGCUCUCCUCUUAAUCAUCAUUUUCAGCUUGAGUGGCUUCUUCUCUUGCUGCUAUCACUGGGGCAAAUUUAGAUCCCUCCGUCGAUCUUUCACCGACACAGCCGCCGUUCCAGAUGACGAUAUCGAAGCAUCCCCCUCCAAAUCUAAGCCUAACUGCAUGGAUUUAAAGAGAAACCAGAGCGAAAGCUUGCCUGUUUUAAUGCCUGGAGAUGAGAUUCCAAAGUUCAUAGCAUUGCCAUGUCCAUGUGAACCUCCACGAGAAGCUAAGGUUGUAAUGGAAGUGCAGAAGACACCCAAAUCACCUCGUUUUCCAGUUCCUUUGUAUUAGCAAAUUUGAUUGUUGUAAAUAUUGAAUCCCACUGUAGAUUGAUUGUUCAAUUUGUAUAGUGUUCACUGUUUACAGUUUUUCUUGCAAGUAGGUAGUUGUAAAUUUAUUAUGCCAUUUUUAUUCCUUGACUAACAGAGAGCCAGCUCUGUACGUUUUCAGGCUACAAAUGUCUGGAAAUUUAGCCAUCUGAGGUUAAUCAGGUCCAGAAUUCUCUAUUCUGAAUUACAAUCCUACAUCGUGUUUAUCGAAAUUACAAA